AUGGAAAACGAGAACAUUUCUGAUCUGAGAGAAGAAAGUGGAGUCACGAAUCAAGAUUCUCAAAGUCUUGAUCUUGAAGCUGUUCAAGCGACAUCAGAAAUGAACAAAUCCACAAUGGAAGAUAAGCAUAAGGGCAGUGGAUCGAUCUUGACUGAAGAAAUUAUGGGUCAUGACCAGCGUACUGGUUUGGUGGUUGAGAAAGAAGAAAGCCCAAAAAUGAGUGGGGUUUUGCUGGGUAAGACUGAAGGGUUGAAAAGCGAAGAAGAAGAAGAGGCUGUGAAAGCGAAGUUCUUGAAUGAAAAAUUGGUGGGUUGCGAUGAGAUUGUGGGUUUGAGAACUGGGUCAGUGUGUGGACAAAAGAACAGGACUGAAGAUGGGAAUGGGGUAGUUGCUGAUCAGCAAGGCCUCAAUCUUCCUCUUGAUUCUGAAAUUACUGAUUCAGAAUUGAGGCAUUCUUGUAGUUCUGAAGGAGAUGGGAAAAAUAUUGUGGGUUCGGAUGAGAUUGCGAAAGAAGAGGUUGUGAAAUCAGUGUUCUUGAAUGAAAAAGUGGUGGGUUCGGAUGAGAUUGUGGGUUCAGCAAAGACUGAAAAUGGGAAAGGGGUAGUUAUUGAUCAGCAAGACCUCAAUAAUCUUGUUCCUGAAAUUGCUGAGAAAGAACAGAUUGGUUCUGGUUCAGGGUCGAGUUUAUGUUGUAGUGAAGGAGUUACAGAUCAAUAUUUGAAGUUUGUAAUGAGAGCAGAUGACGUGACAUUAGGAGAGGCUGAUGAAUCCAAUCAAGAAUGGAGGAAUUUCAAAGAGGCUAUCAUGAGAGCAGAUCAGCUGGACCUAGAGUCUAUUGGCCUAAAGAUUGAACGUCGGGUGCAAGCUUCGGUUGAGGACGUGGUGAAAAGAUAUCCCCAGAUGAAUUCAAUGACAAUGUCUCUCUCUAUAGGUGACGGCAAGAAAAUUCUGGAGAGGAGAGAUGUUUCUGGAUUGGAAGCUGAUCGAGCAGCUAUGCUGAGAGAAUCUGGAGAGCAAAGAAAGAUGCAGGCAUUAAAGGCCUAUUCUGAAUCUCAACUUUCUGAUAUGGAAGGUAAACUUGGUGCUAUUAAGGAAGCAGAAGUUGAUAAUGGGAAGACUAUUGCUGAACUUGAAGAAGAAACAAAAACUGAAGUUGAGAAGGAAAACAGUGCGAUUCAUGAAUUGCAGGAACUAGUUAUCGUGGAAGAAUCAAAAGAGACUGAGUUGAAAAUGGAGAUGCCAUCAAAGGCCCCAGGCUGCUGA